GUUGGUCGCAGCACUUUGGUCAGGCCACACGUGCGCCCGUGCUUGCCUGGCUCCUUGCUCUUGCUCUUGCUCUUGCUCUCGGCGUAUUUUUUUCCUUUUUGUUUCCACCAAGGAAGGCGGUGCGGAACAGUCGUUCCCGGCCGGAGCCCAAUCGGAUAGUGUCAUUUUUUAAAAGUUUCGAUUCGUGUGUCGACUGCAUUUACUUGGCGUCCGCGCGUAUUUCCCGCUCGGGCGCGCUCGAUUCCCGUGUACUUUCCCAACUGCGUGUGUUUGUGUGUGUGUAUACAUUCCCCACCGAGUAUAUAUUCUUCCGGUGUGUACAUUUUUGUGUCGUGUGCGCGAAACUGUCCUGUGUGAAGCUCAGUGUGUGUUUACUCAGCUGUUACUCAUAUCCACCAUGAGUGAAGCGGAGGUGGAGGUGGUCCCGCGGUGUGGCGGCGUGUGCAAAAUGGGGGAGCAGAGCGGAAGUCGCAUAGCCUUGAUACUAGUCAAUUUCCUAGUAUUUGCCGGGACUGUCGCCAUCAACCAGCUCUCGGCCUUUCCCCAGUUCGCAGGAGGUCUCUUUGUUAAACUGAGGGACUUUGCCACCACCUAUGGGCUGGGUGUCCCUCCACAAGGCAUCUUCAACUCGACCGUCGGGAACCUGUCGGCCAUCUACGAGAUUGAUGUCACGCCCGCCGGCUUCACCUUCCUCAUCUGGACCGUCAUUUACAUCUGGCUCCUCCUCGCCCAUCUCUACGCCCUGAUCCUGCUGUGCCGCCGCAACGCCGUGGGCCCCGUGUACCUGAGCCCCGCCGUGCUCACCCCGGCCUUCCUCGUCACCUACACCAUCAACCUCCUGGCCAACGUCACCUGGCUCUUCCUGUGGGACCGCCAGUACAUCAUCUACUCGUCGGCCAUCCUGUGGGUCGUGUGCCUCACCAACUGGAUCGCCUUCGGUUUCAUCCAUGGAAGCCUCCACCGCCACGGGCCCUGGAUGAGCAGCCACGCCAAGGUCGACCUGUGGAUGUUCCGAAUCCUGUGGCACAACGGCAUCGCGCUCUACACCGCCUGGACCACCAUCGCCGCCCUCCUCAACCUUGGCAUCGCUCUCAAGUAUGAGGCCAAUCUCGAAAUGCAGCUUGUGGUGUACGUGGUGCUCGGAUCCCUCUCUGGCAUCAUGUUGUUGUGGUUCAUCCUCGAGAACACUGUCCUCGACCGCUUCGUCCGGUACACUAUCACUCAAUAUGCCGUGGUGGUGCUGGCCAUGGUCGGGAUCUACAUCAAGCAGUACUACGGCGCCACCAUGGAGACCGGCUGGUUCAUCGUGGUCCUGCUGGGCGUCGCUGUCUUCUGUCUGGUGGCUCGUCUCGGCCUCGUCAUCGUCCGGGCCUGCAAGAGUCCUCUCUACGCCAACAACAAGGUCGGCGAUGACCCCGUGCUGAGCUACGCCGCAUGAUACUGGGGCUACGUCGACACCUCGGCCACGCGGCUUAUUGCCAUGUACUCUAGCCUCUGAGGUCGCCCGGGCUCGCCGAAUCCACGGGCUGUUGCGGGAAAAGUAUCGUUCGGAUGUGACGCCGAGAACAGGGGGCAGUGGGUGGUUCUAACUAACCAACAGUACACACACACACACACACACACACACACACACACACACACACACACACACACACACACACACACACAC